CAGGGAUCGUCAGGUUGAUCUUUCGCUGGAUUCUCUUUUUCAACGCCAGCGCGAGAACGACGCGACGCGCACCAACCAAGCGGAGUUUCUAUAUUUAAUUGUGUUAAAAGUGACUUAAACAAAUAAUAACUAAAGUUCUUAACUUCAUAAAUGGUUCCAUAAUAAACCCAACAAAAUUAGAGACUUGCAAUUCUCGACUCUAUUUUUCGUAGAGCAAUUUAGGCUUUUGUUUGGAAAGAAUUUUCAGGCAGUAACCGGUUCUGUGGCUCUCUUGUGUUGGUCAACAAAGAGAACCUCAACGCAAGUGAAAACAUAAACAAAACAUUGGCAAAAAGCAAAGAUCCGAGGGGAGAAAUGUGAACACGUGAUUAACAAAUUGUUGAAAUUCACUUAGAAAAUAUUUACAAAGACAAUUAUGAGCCUGCCACAGCUAAUCGAUGACUUGCAGCGCCUGUCCGAGGACCAGGAUAGCGCCGAUCUGGUUUUUAUUUGCGGUCGAGAUGAGCGCAUCAUCUAUGCCCACAGGCUGAUGCUGAUGGCCCGCUGCAAGAGCUUCAAGACGGCCAAGCGUGGCGAGGUGUGCCGCAUUCCCGGCUGCACCGUGUCGCCGGCUGCUCCCGGAGCCUCCGCGCCCACAACUAUACGACUGCCACACGUUAAUCCAGAUCUAUUUCGGCAAUUUAUAUUGUAUGUCUACACAGCAAAGUUGGUGCUGCAGGAUUCACAGGUCUUUCAAAUGAUGAUGAUGGCCCAAGACAUGGGCGUCGUGGAGUUGCGCACCGCUUGCGAGGAUCAUGUCAUCUCCACACUCUCCGUGGACAAUGCAUGCACCUUUCUGACCGCAGUAAUGGAUAUCCAUGAGAAAGCAGGGGCCAAGUGCGCGGCAAACUUCAUGGAGCGAUGCAUCAUCUUUAUAGGGGAGAAUGCCGGGGAGUGCGUCAAAACAAAUGCAUUCCUAACGCUCGCCAAGGAGGCCAUCAUCAAGAUCAUCUCCUCCGACUAUUUCUGCCUGGAGGAGGAGGAAGUUUGGCGCUGCGUUUUAGCCUGGGCCAAGUACCAGGCGGGCGUCACCCAACCCACUGCACACUGGACUGAGGAGGAGCGUGCCCGUGUCUGCCAGCACUUGAGUGGCGUCAUGGGCCACGUGCGACUGCUGCUGAUCGAUAGCCAAGUCUUUGCCGAGGAAGUGGAGCCCACUGGGGCCGUGCCCAUGGAGCUGUCGCUCGAACGCUAUCGCUAUGCCGCCCUGCAUGCCAACAAAAUGAUGGAGAACGACAAGCGGCUGCAGCCACGCCUCACCGUAGCCGUCAACUUGUUUCCCGGCUCGCAGAUCCUUCUCAACGAUAAGCUGCCGCUGCAGAGCGUCCUCAAUGGCUGGUAUGGCGUGGCCAAGCAAUCGUGGCGUCUGGUCUAUCGUGCCUCCACCCACGGCUAUGACUCGAGUGCCUUUCAUCGCUACUGCGAUGGGGUCGCCCACUGCAUGGUCAUUGGCCUCGGGUCACAUGGAGAGAUUAGCGGCGGAUACACGGACGUCGCCUGGGCCAAGACAAGUCGCAAAGGUGGCUACGUGCAGUCGGAGCGGGCCUUUCUCUAUGCGCUGAAUCCCUCAAAUGGAGAGCAACCUUCGAAAUUUGAUAUUGUCAAGAAACCCUAUGCCAUCUGCUAUCAUCCAGAUUGUGGUCCCAUUUUUGGUGCUGGCGCCGAUCUGCUCAUCUCCAGCAAUUGCAAUGUAAACAUGGACUCGUACUCGAAUCUUCCGCAUUCUUAUGACGGCCCCAAUGCCGCUCAGCUCACGCUCUUCGGGGACUACAACUUCAGCAUCAGCGACUAUGAGGUGUACACGCUGGCCGCGACAGGAAGUGCUGCUGGCAGCGGACCCAGUCACAGUCAGAGCCAGAUUCAGAGCCAGGCACCAGGUGUGCCCUCAAAGGCAAAGUACGAUAGAUACUGAAACUUGUAGCUGCAAUAAAACUAUUUCCUCGAUCGAA